AUGCAAAAGUCUGCCACCACGUCUGUUCAACAACCAGUGCAAGACCCAUGGCAACCAGCCGACCCAAACGUGACGGAUUUCUCUGCGGCUCAUAAUGCGAACUUCGACGAUGAAGUUCCGCAGUCGGCCUUCUCCGUCGUGGAACCCCCGGCCGAGCUGUCAACUCUCACAACCCAUCUGACAGGUCAUAGUACCGAUGACACUUUCCCAGAUGGCGGGUUGCCCUCGUGGUGUGUCGUGGCGGGCUCAUUUCUCCUCUUGAUGGCUACUUUCGGAGUGAUAAACACGACGGGAAUUCUGCAAAAUUACUUUGCUUCUCAUCAGCUGGCCAGCUACUCACCCAGUGCAGUGGGCUGGAUUCCGGGACUGUUCACAUUCUUUAGUCUCAGUAUCUCGGUCCAGGUUGGGCCGAUGUUCGAUCGAUAUGGCCCUAGAGGUAUUCUGAUAGCUGGCACUAUAUGCUAUGUAACUGGCCUUCUUCUUCUUGCGCAAAGCCACCUAUAUUGGCACUUUGUGCUUACCCUUGGAGUCCUUUCGGGAACGGGUGCUGCCCUCCUGAGCACCGUUGCAUUGGCCAGUGUACCUCAAUGGUUCAAUCGAAAGGCGGGCCUUGCCAUUGGGAUUUCGAUGUCGGGCGCGGGUGUCGGUGGCGUUGUGUUUCCAUUUAUGCUUAGGUCUGGGUUUACCAAGCUUGGGUAUAAGUGGACAAUUAGGCUGUUAGCAUUGGUGGCAUUGGUAUUGUGCGUUGCUGGAACAGCCUUAGUGAAAGCGCGUCUUCCAAAGGGCAGAGGCAAGUCAACCAUCAACCUGCGCUCUUUGCAAGAUGCAAGAUUCACCUGGUUGACAUUGGGUAUCUUUGCUCUCGAGCUUGAGGUUUUUGCUGGCAUAGGCCUUUACCCAACCUAUGUGGUCAUGCAGGGAUUUUCUACAAGCAUCAGCGUAACACUGCUCGCUGUACUGAAUGUAGCCUCUACGAUGGGAAGACUCCUGGCCGGCGGCAUAGCCGAUCGGUUUGGCAGGAUUAACACACAGGCUGUGCUCAUUGUCCUGGGCACAUUCGCCGUGUUUGUAAUCUGGUUGCCAUUUGGCAGCACCCUAGCAGGGCUGUAUGUCUUCUCGGUCAUCUUCGGAUUAGCUUCGGGGUCAUUUCUUAGCCUCGCACCAGCCUGCAUCGGGCAGAUCUCCAAGGCCAGCGAAGUUGGUGGGAGGUUCGGGCUCACCUAUUCCAUUGUCAGCUUUGCCACCCUGAUCUGCAUUCCUAUUGGCGGCGAGAUGCUCGAUAAGGUUGGGGAGAGAGCUAUGGUGGCAUAUCUAGGGAGCGUGUUGAUAGUCUCACUUGGCAUGUUCGUAAUGGCGCGAUGGGCUUGUUUAAGCUACCGGUGGAGAUGGCAGACGAAGAUUUAG